AUCUUCAUCAUUGUACCAUAAAACAUGUCCCAACAACAAUUGGAAACACUUGUAUCUCGUUUGGAAAGUGCCGUCUCCAAAUUGGAACACUUAAAGUUCAGUGGUGCUUCUUCAUCAUCUGAUGAUUCUGCUACUGGUGAAGCUCCAUCUGUUGGUGCUUUCAAGGAAUACUUGAAUACCAAUGUUAAGCCUCUCGUUGAUACUUGUACUACAAUCGGUGCUGAAUGUGCUAAGGGUGGUGAAUUUAUUAACAAUGCUUUCAAUGAAAUGUUAAAAAUCGUCACAUUGGCUAGUAAUAAUAAGAAGCCAUCUGAUGAAGAAUUUGGUAAGAUUUUGAGUGGUUUGGCCAAGAUUUUGAAAGAUUCUGGAGAUUAUCGUUUCAAGAAUAACAAAUCUGAAUUCUACAAUCACUUGUAUUCUAUUGAAGAAGGUUUGAAGUGUUUGGUUUGGCCAACAGUUCCUGCUCCUGUUUCUUAUGUUAAGGAAACUGUCAAUUCUGCUCAAUUCUACAAUAAUAAGAUUUUGAUGGGUUAUAAGAAUACUGAUAAGGUUGAAUUGCACAGAGGUUUUGUUAGUCAAUUCAAGACUGCUAUUGAAGAAUUAUCUGUCUAUGUUAAGGAAUAUCACAUGACUGGUUUAUCUUGGAAUGCUAAGGCAACCACUGUUGCUACUGCUGCUGCUUUGAAUGGUCAAGUAGCAACUCCAACUGCUACUCCAUCUGUUCCUUCAACUCCAUCAGUUGGUGGUGGUGUUCCUCCUCCUCCAUCAAAGAUUAUUCCAGUUAGUGAAGAUUUGAUUAAGAGUACUUCUAGUGCUAAGCAAGAUUCAUCAAGUGGUAGUGCUGGUGCUUUGUUCGCUGAAAUUGCUGCUAGAAAGGAUAAUGCUAGUGUUGGUUUGAAGCACGUCACUAAGGACAUGAAGACUAAGAAUCAAACUGAUAAGCCACCUGCAAUCGUUCCAGGUUCUACUACUGCUACUCCAAAGUCUGGUGUUGUUGGUGGAUCAACUGCUCAAAAGAAGGGUACUCCAAAGUUUGAAAAGGAUGGUUCUGGUAAGAAAUGGCAAGUUGAAUGGCAAUCAGGUGCUCAUGAUUUGAAGAUUACUGAUACUGCUUUGAAUCAAUCUGUUUACAUGUACCAAUGUAACGAUACUAUGCUUGAAGUUUCUGGUAAGGUCAAUAACAUUGUUCUUGACAAAUGUACAAAGACUUGUCUCAUUCUUGACAAUGUUGUCAGUGGUAUUGAAUUGGUCAACUGUAAGAGUUGUCAAGUUCAAAUUAGAGGUGCUGCUCCAAUCCUCUCCAUUGAUAAGACUGAUGGUAUCAUUGUUUACUUGUCUAAGGAAGCUAUCAACUGUAGAGUUGUUUCUGCCAAGUCCUCUGAAAUGAACAUUUGUGUUCCUGAUUUGGAUACUGAAGAUGAUGUAAUUGAAAUUCCACUCCCAGAACAAUUCGUUCACACUUUCGAUCCAAAGACCAAGAAGUUCAAUACUGAUAUGAUGAAGCACGAAUAAAUUUAUUCCAUGUCAAUUGAUUCUCUC